AAUUCUGAUCCGUUUUACAAUGGUUAUACCGCAAUAUAUCGCUUGGAUUCGGGUGUUUGGUUAUUAUACUCAACUUUUAAAUGACUGAAGUUUUAUUUAUAAAAAGUAUCCCUUCAGCUGGCAUUUCAAUAUUAAUAUGAGGGACGAUCAUUAAUACGAGCUUGUAUCCUGGGAAAGAAUGUAACAUAGAACAAUGCGGAAAUUAUCGUCAUACAUGAUAUUUCCCGCGCUACAACUUGCUUGUCUGAUAUACAAUCGUUGUGCACAGCAAAAUCUUUCGAAAUGGCAGUUUUCGAGUCACAAAAAGCCAGGAUUAACUCUGAUAUGCUGUCUCGAUAUAUCAGCAGGCCGAUUUGCUUCGUUGGACGCGUUGAGAAGGUCCACCCAACAGGAAACUCGUUCAGUCUUUCGGACGGAGACGGGAGUGCUGCAUCAGUGGAACUCAACGAGCCCCUUGAUGAGGAGCUGAGCGGGGUGGUGGAGGUGCUUGGUAUGGUGUCCAACAAAGGGACAAUAAUGGCCUCUGCAUACAACAUACUCAGAGAAGACAAAGGCAUUCCUUUCGACUUGGAGCUGUACAAUGAAGUCCUGAAAGUCAUCCAUGAUUUCCCCCAGCACUAUCCAUUUGGAAUAGCCACCAGUGGAUGAGCACUUUGCACUUAUUCAUUACUUCCUAAAGAUCAUUGUCAACAUGAGACUCCAUUCUCUUGUUUGCCAUUUUUUAAUAUACUUGUAUAUAAGUGUUAAAUGUAUAUGUACAGUUUCUUCUAUUUCUUGAUGUGGAAAAUAAAAAUGAGUGCUUUUAUAACGGUCUGUUUAGUCAUUAUAACAAGAUUCAUUAAUAAACCCAAAAUAAGCCGUG